AUGCAGGAUAUCAACAAAUUACUUAUUGAGAACAUCUUACCGUCACAUGUCGCUGCGAAAUUUUUGAAUCCAAGUCGUCCGGUCGAUGAACUGUACGCUUACUUGCAUGAGAAUGUAUGUGUCAUGUUUGCGAGUAUUCCAAAUUACAAGGAAUUUUGGGGCCAGUGGGAUCGAUCGCGAAAGCUGGAAUGUCUUCGGCUUCUCAAUGAAAUUGUUUGUGAGUUUGACAAGCUGCUCUCAAAACCGAAAUUUAGUAGUAUUGAGAAGAUAAAAACGGUUUCCAGUACAUACAUGGCUGCUGCUGGCCUGAAUGAACAAGAACUUGCUGAUACUUGCGUAUGUCAUUUCCGAAUAAUAGUUGUAAGGACGGCGUAUCGGAAUGUAACGAUAAUGGUGGAUUUUGCAAUGGCGCUCAGUGGAAUCCUGGAGAAACUAAAUGCCGAUUCGUUUCAAAAUUUUGAACUUCGAGUUGGAAUGAGUUGUGGCCCACUGGUGGCCGGUGUUAUUGGUGCACAAAAACCACAGUACGAUAUCUGGGGAAAUACGGUUAACUUGGCCAGUAGAAUGGAUACUUACGGAGAACCGAGAAAGAUCCAUGUAGGUUUUAAGUUCAAGACAAGCUAUAUUUUGAGUAGUUAG